AACAAUCAGAUAAUAUAGAUAGUACAAAUGCUGACAAGUUAUUAAUUAAGAAAAUUGUUGACCUUUCAAGUCCAGCAUUUAUUGGCAAUAAUAGUUCAUUUUUUGAACAAAAUAUGAUAACAAAUAAUGUUAUACAACAAAUGGGUUCAGGAAAUACUAAUUAUAAUCCUGCAAGUAUAGUGGCUCAGGUUUUUAGUAAAAAGAAUGAUUUGGAUAUAUAA